UAUUCUCUUCUAGCAGUUUCUUGCUACCAUGUCGGAAACCGCUCCUGCCGAAACAGCCACCCCAGCGCCUGUGGAGAAAUCCCCCGCUAAGAAGAAGGCAACUAAGAAGGCGGCCGGCGCCGGCGCGGCUAAGCGCAAAGCGACUGGGCCCCCAGUCUCAGAGCUGAUCACCAAGGCUGUGGCUGCUUCUAAGGAGCGCAAUGGCCUUUCCUUGGCAGCUCUUAAGAAGGCCUUAGCGGCCGGUGGCUACGACGUGGAGAAGAAUAACAGCCGCAUCAAGCUGGGCCUCAAGAGCUUGGUGAGCAAGGGCACCCUGGUGCAGACCAAGGGCACUGGUGCUUCUGGCUCCUUUAAACUCAACAAGAAGGCGGCCUCUGGCGAAGCCAAGCCCAAAGCCAAGAAGGCAAGGGCCGCUAAAGCUAAGAAGCCCGCGGGGGCCACGCCUAAGAAGCCCAAGAAGGCUGCAGGGGCGAAAAAGGCAGUGAAGAAGACUCCGAAGAAGGCGAAGAAACCCGCGGCGGCUGGCGUCAAAAAAGUGGCGAAGAGCCCUAAGAAGUCCAAGGCCGCGGCCAAACCGAAAAAGGCAACCAAGAGUCCUGCCAAGCCCAAGGCAGUUAAGCCGAAAGCGGCAAAGCCCAAAGCCGCUAAACCUAAAGCAGCAAAACCAAAAGCUGCAAAGGCCAAGAAGGCGGCUGCCAAAAAGAAGUAGGAAGCUGGCGUGUGAAAACCGCAACGAAGCCCCAAAGGCUCUUUUCAGAGCCACUCAGAGAUCUCUAAAAAAUUGCUGUGCACAACGUGUUAGAUCAGACAGGCAGUUUUCC